ACUCCUCGAACGGCUCCAUCCCCCCUGACACUUGUUGCUGCAGCACCGGGAGAGAACCAGCUUCAGCCUUUUCCUCUGGGAUUUCCCGCGGGGAGUGAUGAACUCCAUCGACCCUCAGGCCCAUCACCAGCACCAGCACCACACCCCCCCGACCGUCGGCUCUCUCCCACCCAAAGGCGCGCAGGAGGCCCCGGACAUGGCCGCUGUGUACUGCGACAACUUCAGCAGCAUGUACCACCAGCAGAGCCUGCAGGGCGCGCAGAGACCCGCCGGCUACGGCCUCGGGGAUUACGCGUCGUCUCCGAACCCGUACCUGUGGCUCAACGGGCCGGGAGUCAACUCCCCCGCGUCCUACCUGCACGGGAACAACCCGGCCUCCUUCAUCCCGCCCUCCUACGGCUCGCAGCGGCAGUUCAUCGCCAACUCACCUGGCUUCGGUGGCCCCGACCUGGGCUGGCUGUCCAUCGCCAGCCAGGAGGAGCUGCUGAAGCUGGUGCGUCCGCCCUACUCCUACUCCGCGCUCAUCGCCAUGGCCAUCCAGAACGCGCACGAGAAGAAGCUGACCCUGAGCCAGAUCUACCAGUACGUGGCCGACAACUUCCCCUUCUACAAGAAGAGCAAAGCCGGCUGGCAGAACUCCAUCCGCCACAACCUGUCCCUGAACGACUGCUUCAAGAAGGUGCCGAGGGACGAGGACGACCCAGGAAAAGGAAACUACUGGACGUUGGACCCAAACUGUGAAAAGAUGUUUGACAAUGGGAAUUUCCGCAGAAAAAGGAAAAGACGGUCAGACCCUGGCAGCGUUGGAGGAGUGGCGGCGGCGGCGGCUGCAGCGGUGACGGUGGGACCCACUAAAGUUGAGGAUGGCAGGCCGGCAGGGUCGGGCCCCCUGAAGCCCUCAGACAGCCCUCAGCUCCUGGGGCCUUCCUCUCCGGAGAUGGAGACGAUGAACGAAAACCACAAGAGCUCGUCGUCGUCGUCGCCGCCGGGACUGACCUCGUCCGCUCCUUGUUUUAACAACUUUUACAGCAGCAUGUCCACGCUGAGCUCGGGGGCCCCCGGCCGGCAGGGGUCCCUGGGACUGGUGAACGAGCUGUCAAAUCGGAACAUUACGGCCCUGAGCCCGUACCACCCCAACCACGGCGGACAGGACGGGGGAGUGUCGGAGCACAGCGAGGGCUUGCAUUUCAACCGUGGAGUGUACUACAACACGUUUGGCGGGGGGCAGAGCGGACAGUUCAACGGCCACUUCUACAACAGCUUCAGCGUCAACAGCUUGAUUUACCCGAGGGAAGGGACCGAGCUAUAGGAUAACACUCGCUGAGAGGGACAAAGACGCCGAGCGUGCAUUUCAGCCGAGGGGUCAGAGUGCAUGCUGGGUAGUGGCUCCUCGAACGCAACGCUCCCUUCGCUGAUCCGUUCAGAUCAGAGGACAUUAAGUAUUUUACGCUUGAUUUCACUUGACGAGAAGAGUCAAAUGAAAAAUUAGCACUUACCGUUAUUUUUUUGUUCCUUCUAUUUCUAUAUCAAAGCUCCUACUUUGCUCUUAUUGCUACAAAUGUAUUUUCAAACUAAAACAACCACUGAAAACUUGUUCCAGACGUCACUGUACAGCACAUUUGAUAUUUCGAUGCCAAAUCUCGCCGCCCGUGUUUCUGUGCAGCAGCUAAAUUCUUCCAGUCGAUUGCACCUGUUUAAACUUUUUAUUCAUCAUCAUCGUCAACACAGAUCUGCCAAAGUUGCCUUUUGAGAGAGAGAGAGAGAGAGAGCGAGAGAGCGAGAGAGCGAGAGAGAGAGCGAGAGAGAGCGAGAGACCGCCAUUACCUCACAACAACAUCACAUGACAUGAGCGUUGAGGGUUAACCUGCGUAUUUACACAACUUCCAAAUGCAGCAAUAAUUGAUUUAACACAGACGUGAUCCAAAAACAUUGCCUUAUUUUGUAUGUCCUCCACGUUGACUGAAACCAUAGCACUAAGGCUCAUGUAAAUACUUUAUAAAUGUGUAUUUUUGUAAAUUAUAAAGAUAGUUUGUGACUAUUUAUGCUAUUUAUGCUAAUAGGUCUUUUUUUUUUCUACUUGUUGUCUGAACAUAGUUUGAUUCAAGCAGACGUGAAUGAUAUUAGCUUCCAAAAUGUGCCGAGAACAGUAUCACUGAAACCCAGAUGUCAUAAAUAUAUAUAUAUAUAUAUAUAUAUAUAUCAAAAACAAAUAAUAUGCUGUGUCAUGGUUUCUCUCAGGAUUCAAUAUGACAAUCAUUGAAUGGCUUUUGUAACUAUUGUCUCUUUUUUUUAUCUUUAUA